AUGAUAGAAAAAUCCAAGCUGACAAUGAUCAACCGCUCUAAACAAAAUCUAUCCGACUUGCUCCUGAUGGAUCAAGCCAUCGAAAUGGCGAAGGAAGCUUUAGAUGCAAAUGAAAUUCCAGUGGGAUGUGUUCUAGUGAGCAAAACGACCGAGCAAGUUCUGUCCAAAGGACGAAAUCGUACUAAUGAGACCAAGAAUGCUUGUUUACACGCAGAAUUCGAUGCGAUCUCCGGCCUCCAUUCAAUAAUGUCAGCAGACAAGAUCAAUUGGAAUGAUGUCAAGCUCUACGUUACCGUCGAACCUUGCCUCAUGUGUUCGUCUGCCUUAAGACAGCUUGGAAUCAACUUGGUUUACUUUGGUUGUUCGAACGAUAGGUUUGGCGGUUGUGGAGGGGUAGUUUCGAUUCACAAUGAUCCGAAUUUAAUUCACAGUCGGCCGCUGGCUGCUUUGGGUGGCUAUAGACGUGAAGAAGCCAUCAUACUGUUAAGGAAGUUCUACAUCACUGAAAACACAAAUGCACCAGUGCCGAAGAAAAAAACUAAUCGGGUACUCAAGAUGGAAAUACCGGAUGUGUGA